GUUCUUCCGCAACACUCAGCUUCGCAGGAGCUGGUACGACAGAUCUUGCAAGUAGCUUCAAACUCUACUAUUGGCGUCGCUGGGGUGGCCACAUAUCUUGAGUCGUUCGAAACGUUAUACGAGCAAGCAGUGGAGGAUAAUAUGCAGACGGCACAGGAAUGCGACGGUCAAGAGUCUGAUGACUAA